AUGCUCUACCUCGUAGGUCUCGGUCUCUCAGACGAGACUGAUAUCACUGUCAAAGGUCUUGAUAUCGUGAAAAAGGCAUCGCGUGUCUACCUUGAGGCGUACACGAGCAUUCUCCUCGUGGGCCAACCUGUCUUGGAAGCCUAUUAUGGCCGAUCUAUCGUAGUCGCUGACCGCGAGAUGGUCGAGUCAAGCAGCGACGAGAUCUUGCGCGACGCCCAAACGGAAGACGUCGCGUUUCUAGUGGUCGGCGAUCCAUUCGGAGCCACUACGCACACCGAUCUGGUUCUCCGAGCGCGUGAGCUCUCGAUCCCUGUCAAGACCAUCCCCAACGCGUCCAUCAUGUCUGCAAUCGGCGCCACGGGCCUACAGCUUUACAACUUUGGCCAGACCGUUUCCAUGGUCUUCUUCCUGGAUAACUGGCGGCCGGCCUCGUUCUACGACCGCAUAAAGGAGAAUCGAGAGAUCGGGCUCCACACGCUCGUGCUGUUGGACAUCAAAGUCAAGGAACAGAGCCUAGAGAACAUGGCCCGCGGGAGAAAAGUAUACGAGCCCCCGAGAUACAUGACUGUUGGCCAAUGCGCGCGGCAGAUGCUCGAGGUCGAGGAAGAGAAGAAGGAGGGCGUUUACGGACCGGAGAGCCUAGCCAUCGGAGCAGCAAGGGUUGGCGGUAGGACGGAGAAAUUUGUUGCUGGAACGCUGAAGCAGCUUUGCGACGCUGAUGAAGCCCUGGGGCCACCGCUUCAUAGCUUGGUGCUGCUCGGUAAAAGGGCACACGAGCUCGAGAGAGAUUACGCGCGGGAGUUUGCCCUUGAUAGGGAAGUAUGGGAAACGGUCUGGACCAGGGACUACGGUAAGCAAUAG